GAAGCUGCCGAGGACGCUACUAUCGAGCCUGACUGUGCCAUUUGCAACAGCCCGCUCCGCCAUCAUGCGCUGGCCCUGCUACAAGUCGCGGUCGUCUCGAGGAUGGUUGUUUGUGGUCUGGUCUUGAGCAUUGAUCCCCCGCUGUCCAAUCUACGACCACACACGAUUGCAUCACAAGCUCAUCUAUCGGCACCUGCUGGAGGUCUAGGAAGAAGCAGGACGGCGCGGACAGGGCCAGGAGAGACGCUUCGCUCAAUCGGCAGCCCUCCCUUGUCCUAAUGACGACCAAAUUCCAGGAACAGCCGCAGACCAAGUCAAUCUCGACACUCGGCGGCUUCAUCAGCGGUGGCCUGGCAGCAUGUAUCGGUGUCACUGUCACAAACCCACUCGAAGUCGUCAAGACGCGGCUACAGCUACAAGGUGAGCUCGUCAAGACACCAAAGAACCGUGUCUACACGGGUGUCUUCCAAGCGUUAGGUGUCAUCUACAAGAUGGAAGGCGUUCGUGGGCUACAACGUGGUCUACUGACGGCGUACAGCUAUCAGAUUGCCCUCAAUGGCUGCCGCUUAGGCUUUUAUGAGCCUCUACGGAAGAACAUCACCGAGACCUUCUAUGGCGAUCCAACAAUCAAUGUAACAGGCAUCAACGUGGCGUGUGGUGCGCUUUCAGGGAUCAUGGGAGGUGUCAUUGGCAGUCCUUUCUUCCUCGUAAAGACGAGAAUGCAAUCGUACAGUCCAGUCUUUGCCGUGGGCACACAACAUCACUACAAGGGCAAUAUCGAUGCCUUUCGCAAGAUUAUUGCCGAGAGUGGUGCGCGUGGUCUGAUGAAGGGUGCUGAUGCGGCUGUCCUGAGAACAGGUGCUGGAUCGAGUGUCCAGCUCCCUAUCUAUAAUGCCUCGAAACGGUUCAUCCAAAAGCAUGAUUUGAUCAGCGAGGGCCCUCGCAUGCAUCUGGCUGCCUCGGCUGUCUCUGGCUUUGGCGUAUGCUGCGUAAUGGUAUGUUCCUGUCCUCUGUGAACUUCAUCUGACUAUACAGCAUGUCUUCGACACAGUCUUGACCCGGUCAUACAACCAACAAGGGCAGCAACUGUACAAGGGUCCAUUCGACGCUUUGCAAAAGAUCAUUCGCAC